AGGGGGCAGAUAAAGCUGGCCAGUGAAGUAGGGGAGAUAAAACUGGACAAGUGGGGAGAUCACAACUUUGUGCUGAAUAGGACUUCUCAGCUACCUACAGUACCAACAUGUCUUUGGUUCUGCUGUCCAUCCUCUGGCUCAUCAUUCAGACUCAAGCAAUGACCAUAAGACAAACACUUGAAUCAGAACUGUAUGAAGUAGUUCAUCCUAAGAAACUACACAUUUUACACAAAAGAGAGAUACAGAAUAACCAAACAGAGAAGCAUGGCGAAGAGGAAAGAUAUGAACCUGAACUUCAAUAUCAGAUGAUGUUAAAUGGAGAAGAAAUCAUUCUUUCCCUACAAAAAGCUGAGCAUCUCCUGGGACCAGACUACACUGAAACAUAUUACUCACCCGGUGGAGAAGAAAUCACCACAAGGCCUCAGAACAUGGAACACUGCUACUAUAAAGGACACAUCCUAAAUGAAAAGGACUCUGUUGCCAGCAUUAGUACUUGUGAUGGAUUGAGGGGCUAUUUCACACAUCAUGAUCAAAGAUACAUGAUAAAGCCUCUGAAAAGCACAGACCAAGAAGAACACGCUGUACUCACAUACAACCAGGAGGAGCUCAACCCAGCUAAUCACACCUGUGGUGUAAGAAACGUUGGCAGGAAACAGGACCUUAUUCGAACCUCAAGGUCACUCAAAAGUCCAGAGGGAGAAGAAUUUCUUCAUGCUGAGAAAUACAUUGAUCUGUUUUUGGUGCUGGAUAAUGCUUUUUAUAAGAUGUAUAAUGAGAAUAUAACUGUGAUAAGAAGCCUUGUGUUUGAUGUGAUAAACCUGCUCAAUGUGAUUUACAAUACCAUAGAUGUUCAAGUGUCCUUGGUAGGUAUGGAAAUAUGGUCUAAUGGUGACAAGAUAAAGGUGGUACACAACACACGUGCCACCUUUAACAAAUUUCUGAAUUGGCAUCGUUAUAACCUGGGAAAAAUGAAGACCCAUGACCAUGCUCAGCUACUCAGUGGAGUUGGCUUCAAAGAUCGAAUUACAGGACUGGCGACCUCGAAUUCCUUGUGCACCCCAUCGUCCGUUGCUGUUAUUGAGGGUAAGAGAAAGAACAGUGUCUCUCUUGUAGGAGUGAUGUCACAUGAAUUGGGUCAUGUCCUCGGUAUGGCUGAUGUUCCAUAUCACACCAAGUGUCCCUCUGGGAGUUGUGUGAUGAAUGAAUAUCUAAGUUCAAAAUUCCCAAAGGAUUUCAGUACACGCAGUCUCUCACAAUUUAAAAAAUACAUGCUAUCUCAAAAGCCAAGAUGCCUACUGCAAGCACUGGUUCCUAAAAAUAUGACAAGACCAGUGUGUGGGAACCAACUUGUGGAAGUAGGUGAAGACUGUGAUUGUGGCUCUCCUGAGAGGAUGAAUCCAAACACCUACUUCAUUGUGAUGCUACUUGCCAGGACAAGAAUCAAGAAAUCCAAACAUGCCAGGAAUCUUGCAUAGUCUUACCAUCGUCCUUAACUGUAUUUUGCUUUUCACUUGUCCUUAUACUUCCUGUAAUUUUACCUCUCCAGUCAACAAGUCAAUAGAUAUAUUUAGGGAAGCUGCCUGUUUUCUAAGUCUGAUCUUUAAAUGUAUUUUUUAAGGAUCUUGAAGCUAUUGUUUAGCUCUUUUCUUUGGAGAACAAAAGAAAUGAGUCUUUGACUAAAACACUGCAAAAUGAUCUUCUGAAUUAUGCAAGCUGAAUUCAGAAUUGUAUAGUGGCAAGUGACUUGUGUUUUAAUCUCUCUUUUAUUUUAGUUUAGUCCAUGAAAAAAUAAGAUCAUCUGAUGAGUGUAAUCUUUGGUGGAAGAAAGGAAAGCAAAGUUCAUGUGUCAUUUCUUACUCUUCAGUAUUCUGCUUUCCUUGCUCUUAGAUGUGUGAUAUUUUUCUAUAUCAUGUCAAGGCUAAUGAAGUUUUUUUUUUAUUUUAUCAUGUAUAACCCUUUCACCAUCACAUUUAACAUUAAUUUGAAGAACUAUGUAUUGCUUACACUGUCAUUUAGCCACCAAGAAUUGCUUCAUUCAUCUAUUGGCUUAAUGAACCACAGCGUCAGUGAAUUAAAGCACAACUUUUUGAGGAA